AUGACCUCGGGCAUCCAGGUCAAUGUGGAGACCAGGAACUUCGAAGGUUAGUGAGCCCCAGCUGGGGGGUGGGGGCUCGGACAGACAUGGGGGGGCACCGCAGGGUGGAGGGGUCAGAGGCAUGCUGGGUCAGGAGUCAAGGCUCAGGCCCCUGCACUGGGGGCAGUCAAAGAUCAUAGCAGUGGGAUCGGGGAGCGGGGAAUGUCGCAGGGUGAAGUCUGGGGAAUGACACAGGGAUGGGAGGAGGUUGGUGUCAGUGGUCAAGGAUCAAGCUGGGUGUGACCCCUCUGCCCCCACAGGACAGACCCCCCUGCACUGUGCUGUGGUGGCACCCGGCGUCACCCCCUCUGCCCGUCUUGCCUGCGUCACCACCCUGCUCCGCAUGGGGGCCGACUGCACCAGCCAGGACCUCAAGAGCAACAAGACAGGACUGCACCUGGCCGUGCAGGAGGGGAACGUAUCCCUGGUGGAUCUCUUUCUGCAGCAUCCGGCUGCCCCACGGCUCAUCAACAUGAAGGCCCACGGGCACACGGCACUGCACAUGGCAGCAGCACUGCCUGAUUCCGUCCCCCGCACCACCCUGGUGCGCCUCCUGCUGGCACGCGGCGCCGACCCUAGCGCCCGCAACCUGGAGCACGAGCAGCCAGCACAUCUGCUGCCCCCGGGGCCUGCUGCCGAGCAGCUCCGGCUGCUGCUGAAGACUCGCCGGACUGCCCGUCGCCCCUCACCCCCCUCUUAGGACCCCCACUGGAGGGCAGGGGGGGUCUCUCUAGGACCCCCCCUCCGUGUCAGUGCCCACCCCCACAGUGUGGGUGGGGGUUCAUGUCCUGCCUCUUGUCUAUUUAAUUAACUUAUUGUUGGGGGGAGGGGCUGGAUGCCUGGGUUCUGCCAUGGGUCUGUGGGGUCCUGUGACAUCUGGGUUCUCCCACAAAUCUCACCCCCUCCACCCCCCUUCCCAGAGCUGGGAUAGAACCAAGGGGUCCCCAGGAGGGGCCUUAACUCUUUCCUUCCCUGACCCCAUCUCAGGCUGGGGGGCAACCCCCCUACAAGCAAGCAAAGAACCCAGGCAUCCGCCUCUCCCCAUCUAUAUCAUUUCUGUGAAAUGGACUCAUUAUGAACCACACUGGUUCAUUCGGGGGGGAGGAGCAGUGGGGCAGGGACUCAGGUGUCUGGUUGCCUUGCCCUGCCCUGCCCUGCCCUGCCCUGCCCCACUGCUCCUCCCAUCCCAGCCCAGCCCCCACCCCCCACCGGGGGGCUGGGGUGGGCUCCGGGCACUGUGUCGCCUCCCCACUUUGCUGGCCACCGGCUGCGGGUCCUAGUCCCCGUAUUGCCAGGGCCCGAGGGAGAGUCUCUCUCAGGGCCGAGGCCAGUGCUGUGGCCCCCCCUCCUAUUUGCCCUCCCAAAUGGGGGGGUUGGGGGGGUCCCUGCAAAGCUCCCCACACAGCAUCUGUGUGACAGAAACCCUGUAGGCCAGAUCUCUGGUUCCACUUGGCCUCUCUCCGCCCCAGAGCUAGGCUCAUCCAGGGGCUGGGAGAGGCCUUUAUGGCUGGCGUUCUAUGCAGCCGUUCCCCACCUGCUCUACCCCAGAGCUGGCAGCAUCUUGGGGCCUUCAUGGCCCAUUAUAUGCAGUACUUCCCCAGAAGCUCCACCCAAGAACUGGCUGCAUCUCAGUCCUGGGAGAGCCCUUUAUGGCUGGUGUUCUAUGCAGCUGCUCCCUAGCUGCUCCACCCCAGAGGUGGUUCCAUCUCAGGCUGUUGUAUUCAGCCAAUUUUUAUCUGCUUCACCCCAGAGCUGACUGCAUCUUAGGGACUUCAUGGCUCAUGUUCUAUGCAGUUGUUCCCCAGAGGUUCCAGCCCAGGGCUGGCUGUAUCUCAGGCCAUUCUAUGCAGCCAGUCCUGACCUGUUCCACCCGAGCUGGCUGCAUCCGGGGCUGGGAGAGCCCUUUAUGGCUGCUGUUAUAUGCAGCCAGACUUUAUCUGCUCCACCCCAGAGCUGGCUGCAUCUCAGCCCUGGAAGAGCCCUUUAUAGCUGGCAUUAUGCAGCCGCUCUCCAGUGCUUCCACCCCAGAGCUGGCUGCAUCUUAGGGCCUUCAUGGCUCAUGUUAUAUGCAGCUAUUCCGCAGAGGCUCCACCCAAGAGCUGGAUGCAUCUCAGGCUGUUCUAUGCAGCUGGUCGUGAUAGGUUCCACCCCACAACUGGCUGCAUCUCAAGUUGUUAUAGGCAGUUGGUUCUAUCUGUUCCACCCCAGAGCUGCUGCAUUUCUGCAUCAGGAGAGCCCUUUAUGGCUGGUGUUACAUGCAGCCACUCUCCAGUGGCUCCACCCCAAAGCUGGCUGCAUCUCAGGCUGUUCUAUGCAGCUGGCCUCUCUUUGCUCCACCCCAGAGCUGACUGCAGCUCAAUGUGAGGAGACCCCGGCUCAGCUGCUGUUCUAUGUAGCCCGCUCCAUAGGUGUUCUUUGUCACCAGCUCCACCCCAGAGCUGGCUGUGCUUUGGGCCCCGAAGAACCCAUCAGCCUCAGUGUUAUAGAGAGCAGGGGCCCAGCUGGCUGCGCCUCGGUGCCAGAUGGGACCCAGAGCUCCUGGGUUGACAGGUAGCAGAGUGUGAGGCCCCCCAGGGACAAGGUGCGUGCACGCGCAUGCGUGUGUCACAGAUGUCUGGGUUCCCUGUGUGCAUGUGUGUAGUUGUGUGUCCCAGGCUCCUGGUGUGUGUGUGUGUGUAUUUGUGUCCCAGAUGCCUGGGUCGUGUGUGUGUGUGUGUGUGUGUGUGUGUGUGUAUCCCAGAUGCCUGGGUCCCCUAUGUGUGUGCGCAGCACAUCACACCCACCAGCCCUGGGGGGCACAGAGCAGGGCCCGAGGCUUUGCUUGUGAACAAAGUGGGAGGGGUGGGCAAAACGGGGGUCCCAGCCCUGCCAGGGGCAAAUAAACUUUUCAAAGUGCCCUCGGCCUGGUCUGAGUCCCUGGUGGGGAAGCUGCCUCCUCCAAACACAGCACCCCCUGGU